UAAUAAUCUAUGUUCAUGUGUGAAGAACUACAACAUGACAAAAUAUGUGAACAAAGGAUUCCUGUGAGUUGCAAACACAAACAUGAACAUGUAGAACUGCUUCUAUUGAUAAUCACUUGGUAUCGAUCAUCACCGCCAGUCGAACUUCGCGAUGUUGAUACUGGUAACAAGACAACUGAAAGAUUUCGCACCGAUGAAGCUAUUGAGAAACUUGAUGAAUUGGCAUGUACGAGCAUCGAGGGACUCAGAUGGCUUCUUCUUCUUCUUCUUCUUCUUUUUGGGGUUUUUGUUGAAGAGAAGUCAUUCACAUUCUUGUAUCAUGAAGGCGACUCUGUGAUGUUGAUGGAGCCUACUACGUUUGAGCAACUAGAAGUUCCCAAAGAAAUGUUUGGAAAAGCUGCUGCCUACCUAAAAGAUGACAUGUCAGUGACAGUACAAUACUAUGAUGGCCGGCCAAUGUCUGCAUCGGUACCUCAGCGCGUCACAUGUACUGUGGUCGAAGCACAGCCUAACACGAAGGGGUUAACUGCUGCUCCUCAGUAUAAACGAGUGGUGCUGGAUAAUGGUCUCACAGUGCUUGCUCCACCCUUUGUUGAAGCCGGUGAUGAGAUUGUCAUCAACACUACAGAUGACUCGUAUAUGACUAGGGCCAAGGAGUAGAGCGUAUGUGAGAGAUUAGAUUCGUUCUGUCUCAGUAUAAGAUGCUUUGUCAGAUCGUUUCUGUAGUCCGGUGCCUCGGAAAUAGAAGUGUUGAAGAAAGUGUUAACACCGAUCGAUCUGCUUGUGCAACUCAAAAAAUAAAUUUUGUAGGAGAAAGACAUCGAGAGAAUAUUUAUUAGCACCCCAGGCAAAAUUCAUGGAACUGCAUAUAUAUAUAUAUUAUCUGUAUGUUUUUGAGGUGUUGUUGUAGUCGAUUAUGCCUGUUGUUGUGUGCCUGAGUAAUGCAAGUGUUGAAGAAAGUGUCAACAUAGAUUGAUCCUCGAUCUUGUGCAACUAAAAAAGUUAAAAUUUGCAGGAGAAAGAGAUCAAUAAAUAUCGAUUAGCACUCAUUUAAAGGCAUUUGUUAUGUAUGUGUUUUUUAUGU